AUGACACCCCCACCAUACCUCUACCACGCCCUCCUCCGGCCUUCGAUUCUCCAGAUCCUCCGCGCAGCCGGCUACCACGGCGCCCGCACCUCGGUGCUCGACUCAGUAACGGACAUGGCCGCCCGCUACCUGGACGCACUCUGUCGCCUCACAGCCACCUUCGCCGCGCACAACAACGAAGAGCCCGAGACGGGCGAGCUGGUACCAACAAUAGUCGACGUGCGCAUGGCCCUGCAGCAAAUCGGCGCUCUGUUACCCGAGAAAUCGGAACUGGAACAGCUGUAUAACGGCGUGGAAGACACUCGGGGAGUGGACGCCUUUGUCGCGUGGGCGGCAGGUCCGGUCAACAAGGAGAUCAAGAGGAUAGCGCUUGACAGUGACGAGGCGACGGAUUAUCUCAAUGCUCUCAAGCUAAAACACAGCAAAAACGACGACGACUCUCGCUACACGGGCUCGCUCCUCGGCAAAUGCAUCGAACACGGCAACGUCGAGGUGGAAGGUGGCAAAUACCACAGCAUCGCCCUAUGGGAGGAGAAGAUGAAGGAAGCCGCGCGACGACCGACAUCACAACCACAACCCCAAGAAGAAGACAAGCCGGAGGGCAUCAACGGCGACAGGGAAGAUUCGCGCCCGCCAAGCUCCGGGCUGAGCUCAAUUGGCGACCAGAGCAUAGCCGACCCCAUGGAUUUGGAAUGA